UCUAGUGGGCGUGUCUAACGGGGCUCGGCGUGUGUAUCUCUGUUAGUGCAGCUGUAGUAUUUACAGCUCCGCUGCCCUUCCCGCGAGAAUGCCGUUAUUGUCAUUUACAUUAUUUCCCAAAAUGUUGCUAUAUAACAACAACUCCGUUUAUGUAAUCCUGCUGUGACUGUCUCUGUCGUAGUAUUUGCACAAGUGUCGUGCAGCGAGCAGAGGAAAGAGCGCGUGCUCCGCUCCGAUCCCGCGAGUAAUGCCGUCUACGAUGGAGGGCUCGUCGGGGGAAGGUGACCUGUUUACCGUCAAACACGAGCUCAAAAACGCCAAUCUGACGGGUCACGUGGAGCGAGUGGGCAUUGAGAACUUUGAGCUGCUGAAAGUGCUGGGAACAGGAGCCUAUGGCAAGGUGUUCUUGGUUCGCAAGGUGAGCGGCCAUGAUUCGGGUAAGCUCUAUGCAAUGAAGGUGUUGAAAAAGGCCACUAUUGUGCAGAAGGCCAAGACAGCAGAGCACACACGCACGGAGAGACAGGUCCUCGAGCAUAUCAGACAGUCUCCUUUCCUGGUUACACUCCAUUACGCCUUCCAGACAGACACCAAUCUGCAUCUCAUUCUAGACUAUGUGAACGGAGGUGAGCUCUUCACACACUUGGUCCAAAGAGUUCGCUUUAAAGAGCAAGAGGUUACCUUGUACAGCGGGGAGAUUGUACUAGCCCUGGAACACUUGCAUAAGCUGGGAAUUGUCUACAGAGACCUAAAACUUGAGAAUAUACUUCUUGAUUCAAACGGUCACAUCGUGUUGACGGACUUUGGCCUUAGUAAGGAGUUCCAUGAGGUAGAGAGGGCUUAUUCCAUCUGUGGCACUAUUGAGUACAUGGCUCCUGAGAUUGUAGCAGGAGGAGAGUCGGGACAUGACAAGGCGGUGGACUGGUGGAGUAUGGGAGUUCUGAUGUAUGAGCUGUUGACCGGAGGCUCUCCUUUCACUGUCGAUGGCAAUGAGAACUCUCAUUCUGACAUUGCUGAGAGAAUUAUGAACAAAGAUCCUCCAUUCCCCAAAGACAUGGUGCCUCUGGCCAAAGACAUUAUCCAGCAACUGCUAAUCAAAGACCCAAAGAAGAGGCUGGGCUCCGGGCCCUGUGGGGCCCAGAAUGUGAAAAGCCAUCCAUUUUACCAGAAAAUGAACUGGGAGGAUCUAGCUGCUAAGAAGGUUCCGGCUCUGUUUAAGCCUGUAAUUCGUGAUGAGCUGGAUGUUAGCAACUUUGCUGAGGAGUUUACAGAGAUGGACCCGACAUACUCCCCAGCAGCACUUCCAAACAACUGUGACCGCAUCUUUCAGGGCUAUUCCUUCAUGGCUCCCUCCAUUCUGUUUAAGAGGAACGCGGUGAUGGACGAUCCGGGUCAGCUGUGCGGCGGGUCAGAGAGGCCGGGCUCUGCCGCUGUUGCCCGUAGUGCUAUGAUGAAGGACUCUCCGUUCUACAUGAACUAUGAGAUGGACCUGAGGGAGAACGCUCUGGGAGAGGGAAGCUUCUCCAUCUGCAGACAGUGCAUUCACAAAAAGACUGGACAGAAAUAUGCCGUAAAGAUCGUCAGUAAAAGAAUGGAGGCACAGACACAGAAGGAGAUUGCUGCUCUCAAACUGUGUGAUGGACACCCCAACAUAGUCAAGCUACAUGAGAUCUACCAUGACCAGCUACACGCAUAUCUUGUUCUGGAGCUCCUGCAAGGUGGAGAACUGCUGGAGAGGAUCAGAAGGAAGCAGCACUUCAGCGAGACGGAGGCCAGCCGCAUCAUGCGCAGACUGGUGUCUGCUGUCAGCCACAUGCAUGAUGUUGGUGUGGUGCACAGGGACCUUAAACCUGAGAAUUUGCUCUUCACUGAUGACACUGAGAAUUCAGAGAUAAAAGUUAUUGACUUUGGCUUUGCACGGCUCAAACCCCCUGACAAUCAGCUCCUGAAGACCCCCUGCUUCACUCUUCAGUACGCUGCACCGGAAAUCCUCAAAUAUGACGGUUAUGAUGAGUCCUGUGACCUCUGGAGUUUAGGAGUUAUUUUGUACACCAUGCUGUCUGGCCAGGUCCCAUUUCAGUGCCAUGGGAAGAGUCUAAUGCACACCAGCGCAGAAGAGAUUAUGAGGAAGAUCAAACAAGGAGACUUCUCUUUCGAAGGUGAAGCCUGGAGGAAUGUGUCCAUUCAGGCCAAAGAUCUGAUACAAGAGCUGCUGACGGUGGACCCUAACAAGCGGAUAAAAAUGUGUGGCCUACGCUAUAAUACCUGGCUGCAAGAUGACAGUCAGCUCUCUUCCAACCCUCUUAUGACCCCUGACAUACUGGGAUCUUCUACCAUAUCAGUGCACACCUGUGUCAAAGCCACCUUCAAUGCCUUUAAUAAGUGUAAGCGGGAGGGCUUCCGACUCCAGACAGUUGACAAGGCUCCUUUGGCCAAACGCAGAAAGAUGAAGAAGACCAGCACCAGCACAGAGACCCGCAGCAGCUCCAGUGAGAGCACGCAAUCAUCAUCCUCUUCCUCACAGUCUCAGGAUAAGACGCCACCAGAUGGAGAGACAGCCAUUAUUCCCCAGGCCUCCGUGAGCACACCUCUCACUCUUGGUAAUGACGAUGAGCCCCCUCAAGGCAAGCCCCAGCCUGCCUUCACAUUUUCAUAGUGAACCCAUCUGAGAGUCGGACAACAGGAUAGGUUACAUAAUUAGGAUACAUAAUUAUCCCACCGUUCUUUCUCCUCAUGGUCUGGCAAGGCUGUACAACUGCAGAAUUUGCAUGCGAGGACCAACUCAAAUCCAUUACUAGCAAUAGAUGCAUACCAUGAGUGCUAAAGGCUGAGCUUGAGUGAACUUCUGGCUCACGUCCUGAAUGGCGAAACUCCACUCCAUCCAGUCCACUGUCUCAAGCAGGAGGGAGAACUUCACUUUUAGGAGCAUCAAACCUUCCACUGAUGGUGAAAAAAGGAAAGUCUGCUUCUGCAGUGUCCUGAAAGAUCAGGCACUUUGCUUUGGGCAAAAAAGAAGAAAGGGAUAUGUAUUUUAAAAGAAUAUAAAUAGAAUUUAUAAAAGAGGAGAUUUAUUGUUUAUACAGACUUCUGUCAAAUUUGGUAUAUGAUACAUAUUUGGUAUAUAUCAAUUUGUCAAAUAUGACAGCUCCAUUUGUGCUGGGAGCUUGGUGGUAUUGAUUCACAUAUCUAAUUGCGAUCUUUGACUUCUUCCAAAAGAUUUUACUGAAGUAGCAAGUAUUAGGUGUUAAUAGUUUCUUGGAAGCAUUUCAUUGUAAAACUCUUGUUAGGUAACCAUUGCAAGGUAAAAAAAAAAAAAAAAAGGCAAUUUGUUUCUUAUUUAAAUGUUAUUUGAAAUUUCUGUUGAGAUCCUUUCCUCAGGUUAUUUAUUUGUUCUUUUAAACUUGAAUUCAUUUUUUAAGAGACUGAAGGUGAAGUCACAUUUACUCUUGCUCUAAGAAUUUUUAAGGGUGAAAUCCAGUUAUAUCCAUAGGAAUCUGUCCUUUUAGAAAUUUUGCAAAGGUGUGAAACAUUUCUCCAUGCAGAUUUUACGUCAGGUUCAGUUUGUUUUCACACAAAUAUUGAUGUGUUGACCAAAAGAAAGUGACUUCUGUGUAAGCAUU